CAUCCAAGUGAGGGAAUCGAAGAUGGGUCGAACGUCGUCGUGACACAAUAGUAGUCAUGGAUAGUCAAAUCGCGAGCAAGAACCUCUACGAGCUUCUGGGCAACGACCCAGAGCUCGACCCAGACAGGGAGCCAGAGCCGCCGACCCAGGCUGUGGACAAGCCAGUUCAGCGCAGCGGCAAGCGCAAUGCUGGCGCCGAAGGCCCACCAGAAGACAUCGAGAGGCCCGCUGGAGGCGGUCGUGGUGGCAGGCAUGAGCAGUUCACAAGGGCUGACGGCGCUGGCUCACUAAACAACCGCGCUGAGCAGCGUGACGACGGUCUUCGUCAAGACCGUCACCCGGACCGUCUACGGGAUCCACGCCAGCACCGCGAGAUUGGUGGCCGUGGCCGUUCAUCAAGAGGCAACUACAGAGGACGUGGACGCGGUGACUAUGGUGGCACGCGCACUGCUCGUGACGACCGUCACAGUCGCUCCGGUGUUGGCGAGCACGAGAAGCAGGCCGCCCAUGGGUGGGGUGCCGAAACCGGCGAGGGCGAGCUGAAUGACGAGAUCGCGGGUGAGGCUAUCGCUCAGGCGGAGAGCAAGGACGACCCAGGCUUCACGCCAGAUACCGCUGCUGCCGACCCAGCUUUCAGCAAUGGUCCAGACAAUGCUGCUGCACCCGAAGUUGCAGAGGAAGCGGGUGGUGAUGCUGCAAUCACUGCGCCCGCCGAGCCAGAAGACAAGACCAUGUCCUACGACCAGUACCUUGCCGAGCAGGCCAAGAAGCGUCUGGCGUUGAGCGGUAACACGCUUGAGAUGCGUAAGGCCAACGAGGGCUCGAAGCAGAAGUUCCCCGAGGGUACCGCACUGCAGCGCAACAAGGACGACGAGAACUUCAUGUCCGGUGCUGCUGCCAAGGCUAGGAAGCAAAAGGAGGCCAAGGAGCGAGACACCCUUGUGCUCGAGGGCCAGUACUACGCUCCGGUCGAGCAGGAGCGCGGCCGCGGUGGCAGAGGCCGUGGUGGCGGGUCCAGAGGCGACAGGGGAGGGCGCGGCGAUCGUGGAGACCGUGCCGAGCGUGGUGACCGUGGCGAGCGUUUCGACCGUGGCGGUGGUGAUCGUGGUGACCGUGGUGAGCGUGAGUUCCGCGGCGACCGGGAGUACCGUGGUCGCGGGCGUGGGCGUGGCGAGUAUCGUGGCGAGUUCCGUGGCGAGGGUCGUGGCAGAGGACGUGGAGGCUUCGACGGUGGGGAUAGGUUCUCCUCCGAUCGUGGCCGCGGACGCGGAUCCUUCGACACAAGCGACCAGAGCGCCUUCCCGGCCCUCGGAGGUGCUUGAUCGCACCCCUCACAACAACAUCGACAACCACAUCUGCAGUUUGGCGGACUGGUACAUGCGAAGUAUCAUCAACAUUGCGAAGAACGCUGCCGCUCAGAGCGAAGGCGAAAGGUGCAGGCACAACCUGCUAUUGCAGUCACAUUAGGUAGACGUGCACAAUAGUCAUAUCC